CUUUAUAAUGCGUAUAUUUAUAUAGAGAACUAUUUCUAUAUCUAACUAAAUCUAAAAUUAAAAAGUUAAAUUAUGAUACAACUUUUUAAAAUAAAAAUGAAGAAUGUUUCUAUAAUUAUUGUUGCUUGUGCAACCUUCUUCAGUUCUAUUCAAGUUUAUUCAAGCCAGAACAUGUCAAUUGUAAUACCUGAUGAAUCUUCAGCUACCGAUGAAUAUACAACAAUUGAAAAAUCUUUACUGGAAAUGCUAUCUUUUACUUUUAACGAAACAACAAUGACGUAUAAAACUAAUUCUUUAACAUUCGAAGAAGCUUCAAAAUUUAGCGAAACACUCAAUGAAUCUUCGGUAAGUGAUAAAUUUACAGCAACCAAAAUUCGUAAAACGAAAAUUCCAGUUCUAACAAUACUUCCUGUUACAUCAUAUGAUACUAUAAAUCCAACAGCAACUUCAUCAGUAAAAUCGGCUGAAUCAAAUUUACAUUCCAAUUCUUUUAUUGCUCAUUGUAACUUUAGUUUUCCAAAAAUAUAUGAUCCGAAUGAUGAUUAUAUGGUUUGUAAAGCUUGCCAAAAUGAGUUGAACUUUACAAAUAAUCAAUUUCAAUCAUGUAAAACUUCAAAAGGAAGUACUAUCAUUGAUUUCAAUCUAGUUGUUUCCUCGAGUAAUGUAGAUUCUGUGUUGUAUCACAUAGAAAAUAGGGUAAAAAGUGGAAGCAUGAAAAUAAUUAUUAACUUCAGAGAAUAUGUAGCUAAUAACAGUUCAUUUUCUUACGUUAUAUACUUAGAACCAAUGUUACUAAAUAAGGAACCAAUACCGCUGAAUGAAGAAGAUAGCAAUGAUGGUUUGUCAAACGCAGAUAUUGUGAUUACUGUUGUGUGUAUACUUAUUGGGGCUCUUGGUAUUAUUAAUAUAGUAGUUUUGACUUACAUUGGACAUAAGGAUAAGCUUAAGAAACGAUCAAUAUCUCCUUGUGAUAGUACAACUACAAUAGAGCCACAGGAAAAUAAAUAACUCAUCAAGUAAAAAACACAUACAUUCCGCAUUCCAUGGAUAGCAUAUUCUCGAAUUUAAUGAAGUGUCUUAAAUAUAAACUGCACAAAAGUUCAUUUAUUUUUAAAACUGCAACUUUUAAGCAAUUGUUGACGAUGCAAAAUGUAAAAAGUUGAAUUUUCUAGACAUAAAUACUAUAUAGCAAACUUUUUUUUUUUAAAUGACGCAUUAUUUGAUAUAAUUUUUUAUUUAAAAUUUCGUGAACUUUAU